AUGGGCGCUACCAUCAUGACCCCUCCCUUGGAACCUUCAUCACCUAUGGACGGCGGAAUUCGCAAGCGGGUAUGCAAAGCCUGCGAUCGCUGCCGUCUAAAAAAGUCAAAGUGCGACGGUGCUAGUCCCUGUAGUCGCUGUAAAGCAGACAACGCCAUCUGUGUCUUUGGCGAGCGCAAAAAGUCCCAUGACAAGGUCUAUCCCAAAGGUUACGUAGAGAUGCUCGAAAGCCAGCAAGCACAACUGGUGGCGGGCCUGCAAGAGCUGUACAAGCGAACUCAAAACGGGCAAGGUUGGACAGGUGCACCCUUGAAGGAGUCGGCGAACGGCGUGCCCUUGACCCACGACAUUCUGGAGAGGCUGGGAGCCCUGAAGCAAGAUGGUCACACAAGCGAGGCCUUCGAGGAGGACCUUUCUGUUCUGCAACAAAAGCUGAUUGCCGACGGUGCUGGCUUCAUGCAGCGACAACCCUCCCACGACUCUCACUCGGACAGCAGCGCGCCCUCGCCCAUCUACGAGCCCGUUGCCCAACGGCCCAAUUUCACCAACCCGUUCAACCUCAACCAGUUCCCUCCCACACCCCCCAACCAGAGUCCCUUCCCCCAGAACGCACGCGCGAUCCCGACCAAAUCACACUCAUAUCCACAUGCCCAAUCGAAUCUCAGCUGGAACACGCCCGUCUCGGAAUUCGAUGACAGCAUGGAUUUUAUCAACCAAUUCGAGUCUCCCAUCAUGGAUUCGGCCAUCGACAUGAACUCGUUUCCGCCAACCAUGUUCCAAGAUCAUAUUGUCCCCGCCGCAAUCAACCCCUGUCUGACCAUGAAAGACUGGGCCGGCCAGGAAGAUCUUCAGCGGUAUUUCAAUACCAAUAUGAUUUCAUGA